UUAAAUUUCGCGCAAUUUUUUUCCCAAAAGAGAAAAUGAUUCCUUUGAGAAUUGUCCAAAAGGUCAUGUACAAUAGAAGCAGAGGGCCAUUUUGGUCCGACAAUGCAGCACGAAAGGUCCCGCCGCCCCCGAGGAGCCCAGCGAGAGGCCGCCGGGGCCGCUGCUGCGAGGAGCAGCAGGGGCGACGAUGACCUGCCUCAUCGGCUGCUCCAACUGAUCGACAGAACCGGUUAUAAAAUGGUGCAGGAGAACGGACAACGCCGGUACGGAGGACCCUGCCCCGGAUGGGAAGACCACCCUCCACCCCCUGCGGAGGCAGAACUGUACGUGUCCCGCAUUCCACCCCAUUGUUUCGAGGACGUGCUGGUGCCGCUGUUCGAGUCCUUCGGGAAGCUGUACGAGGUGAGGAUGAUGCUCGACUUUGACGGAUCGCACCGCGGGUUUGCCUACGUCAAGUUCUGCAACCCGCAGGACGCGCAGGCGGCCAUCACGGCUCUCGACAAGUAUCAGAUUGAGGGGUGCAGCUCUCGCGGAGGGAUCCGCGUGUCUGCGUCGCGCAACAACUGCGAGGUAGAGGUGUCCAACAUGCCGAGCACCGCGCAGCGCGAAUGCCUGGAGCCUUUGGUCAAGGAGCACACCGAGGGCGUGCGUGCAGUGCGCUGGACCUGCGCCACCCGCGCCAUCCUCGAGUACGACAACCACCGGGCCGCCGCCGUGGCUCGCAGGAAGCUGCUGGCCAUCCUUCCGGACCAGUGCGGACGAGAGGUGCGCGUCCAGCUUGUCCGGCGAGACCGACCCAGCAAUGUUCCCAGGCAGAGACUGCAGAUGCCUCCUUUCGUCUCUUUCAACAGGACUCCGCCGCAGUCACAGAAUACGGCAGCUCUACCAACUGAGAGUGCUGAGGAGUAUUGGGCUCGGAAAAGGGCUCUAAAGGCAGCAGCAGCAGGUGGAGUUCCACCCCAGCAGAGAAGCCCGUGGCCGUUGGUGCCUGUUGCUUCGCCGUCCUUUGGCUUCCAGCCUCUCUUUUGGCCACCGCAGAUGUAACAAAUUUUAUGUUUCUUCGCCUUUGGAUUCUGAAUCUAAAAGUCUGUAUGAUAGGCGCGAGACAACAGUGUGUAUUAACAUGUAUUAACUUAUUCGCAUGAAAUGUGGACAUAUCUGAAUAAAUAAAGUACAAAAAGAAAA